CUCCAAAGAAACAAUGGCGACAGAAUCUCCGCGCCGCCCUAGUCGAUGUACCGGAGGAGUGGUGGUUCGCCCACAAGCUGUCACGGAACAGUCGUACAUGGAGAGCGUUGUUACAUUUCUUCAGGAUGUCGUGCCACAGGCCUACAGUGGUACUCCACCAGAAGAAAAGGAGAAGAUCGUUUGGGUCCGAUUUGAAAAUGCAGAUUUAAAUGAUACUUCAAGGAAUAUGGAGUUUCAUGAAAUCCAUAGCACUGGGAAUGAACCACCCUUACUGCUCAUGCUCGGGUACAGCGAUGGAAUGCAAGUCUGGAGCAUACCUAUCAGUGGUGAAGCUCAGGAACUCUUUUCUGUCCGCCAUGGCCCAGUUCGAGCUGCGCGGAUUUUACCAGCUCCACAAAUCAGUGCUCAGAAAUGUGAUAAUUUUUCUGAGAAGCGGCCUCUUCUUGGUGUAUGCAAAAGCAUUGGAUCUUCUGGCACAAGCCCACCUUACUGCUGUGUGGACCUUUAUUCUUUGCGAACAGGAGAGAUGGUCAAGUCCAUACAGUUCAAAACUCCUAUUUACGAUCUGCAUUGCAAUAAAAGGAUACUUGUUGUAGUCCUGCAGGAGAAAAUCGCCGCCUUUGACAGCUGUACUUUCACCAAAAAAUUCUUCGUUACCAGCUGCUAUCCUUGUCCGGGGCCAAACAUGAAUCCUAUUGCUCUUGGAAGCCGUUGGCUUGCUUAUGCAGAAAAUAAGCUGAUCCGAUGCCAUCAAUCCCGUGGUGGAGCCUGCGGAGACAACAUUCAGUCUUACACUGCCACAGUCAUUAGUGCUGCCAAAACAAUAAAGACUGGACUUACGAUGGUUGGGAAAGUUGUUACGCAGCUGACGGGGACGCUGCCCUCGGGAGCAACCGAAGAAGAAAUUUUAGCUCAUAGCAACAUUCGUCGAAGUCCUCUGGUGCCUGGAAUCAUCACUAUCAUUGACACCGAGACAGUUGCAGAAGGGCAGGUACUUGUCAGCGAGGACUCGGAUAGUGACGGUAUCGUGGCCCACUUCCCGGCACACGAGAAGCCCAUUUGCUGCAUGGCUUUUAACCCGAGUGGGAUGUUGCUGGUCACUACUGACACAUUAGGCCAUGAUUUCCAUGUUUUUCAAAUACUGACACAUCCUUGGUCAUCAUCACAAAGUGCCGUCCAUCAUUUGUAUACACUUCACAGGGGAGAGACUGAAGCCAAAGUACAGGAUAUCUCCUUCAGCCAUGACUGUCGUUGGGUUGUGGUCAGCACUCUUCGUGGCACGUCCCAUGUUUUUCCAAUCAAUCCUUACGGUGGCCAGCCCUGCGUCCGAACACACAUGUCUCCCCGGGUGGUAAAUCGCAUGAGCCGAUUCCAGAAGAGCGCAGGCUUGGAAGAGAUCGAGCAAGAGCUGACAUCUAAGCAAGGAGGACGCUGUAGCCCUGUUCCAGGCUUGUCGAGUAGCCCGUCUGGCUCACCGCUCCAUG